AUGGCAAACGCAGGCUACGACGCUGUCGUAGAUAUUGACGAUGAGGGCGACCUAGGCCACACCGACCUCCAAGAAGACCUCGAAUUCCACAACUCCAACUUCUCCGAGGGCCAACAAGCGCGCAAAGGCGGCGGUCCUCCCUCCUCCCUCAACAGCGCGGCCCCGGGCCUCCCGCUCCCCGCGACUGCCAGUUCUGGUGGCCCCGUAUCCUCGAAGCGGUACCUGUGGACGCUGUCGUUCUACGCGCAGUUCUUCGAUGUGGAUACGUCGAGCGUGCUGGCGCGGUGCUGGGCCGCGCUGUACCCGCGCGCCAACUUCCUCGACGUGCUGGAGGGGAAUCCGGAUCUGUACGGGCCGUUCUGGAUCGCGACGACGGUGGUGCUGAUCUUGUUCCUGGGCGGCACCAUCAGUGCGUAUUUGGCUAGUGAGGGCAAGGGCGCGUUUGCGUAUGAUUUUAAGUUGUUGAGCGGCGCUGCUGGUCUCAUAUACGGGUACACCCUAGGAAUCCCCGUAGUUCUGUUCGGCGCGCUACGAUACUUCGGCUCCGAAUCUGCGAAUCUACUCGAGUGCUGGGCGCUGUACGGGUACUCAAACCUGAUUUGGAUCCCCGUGGCGCUGAUCAGCUGGUCGCCUAUCACGAUCCUCAAUUGGGUUUUCGUGGGUGUCGGGUUCGGUCUCAGCGUCGCUUUCUUGCUGCGCAACUUAUACCCCGUCCUCAGCGCCACCGAUCGCCAGACCAGCAAGAUUCUGCUUAUCCUUGUUGUGGCUCUACAUGCCGGUCUAGCUAUCGCCAUUAAGGUCCUGUUCUUCGCCGCCGGAAGCCCUGUUGCGGGAGACAAGCCGGGUGAUACACCGCCUGCGGCUGGAGGGGAUAAGCCGGAGGGCGAUGCCAUGUUCCUUUUCUAA